AUGAUAGAGUCUAGCCGACUUCGAUAUUUCAGGAACAAUCAGAAGAAGCUUCGUUCAGACAAGUAUAUGAAUCUGGUUGAGGCUGAAAAGGAAGGAACCUCUGAUUUAUCCAACAGAGGUAAGAGGAUUUUGAUACCUGCAUCAUUUACUGGUGGUUCACGCUAUAUGAACAAUAACUAUUUGGAUGCAAUGGCCAUUUAUAGACCAGAUAUCUUAUGCAGGAUAUUCAAAAUUAAGCUAGACAGCCUCAUGAGUGAUCUCACUGAAAAGAACAUUUUCAGAAAAAGUGUAUGUAUACUAUUGAAUUCCAGAAAAGAGGACUUCCACAUGCACAUAUCCUACUAUGGAUGGCGGAAAAAAAGCAAAUUGUCUACUGCUGAAUCUAUUGAUAAAGUUAUUUCUGCUGAGAUUCCUGACAAAGAUAGUGUUCCGGUUUUGUAUGAAGUAGUGAAGCAGAACAUGAUACAUAGACCUUGCGGAGUGAUUAACAAAAGUAGUCCAUGUAUGGCAAGGUCAAUCAAAUACCUUUUCAAAUAUAUCAACAAAGGACCUGAUCGUGUUCUAGCUACUAUUGAACAUGAUGUAAAUCAAGGUGCAGAAUCUGUAGCAUGCGCAAAUGUAGAUGAAAACGGCGAGGAUAAUACUGAUGAAAUUAAGGAGUACUUCGAUUGCAGGCAACAGAAGAAUAGGUUAGCCGUUGGUAGAAUAACCUAUGUACCUCUGAAAUGUGGCCAAUUGUACUACCUUCGUGUUCUACUCAACCGACACAAAUGUCCAAAGGGGUUUGAUGAUUUGAAGACAGUUGAUGGUGUUUUACAUCCUACAUACAAAGAUGCGUGUUAUGCAUUGGGUUUACUAGAUGAUGAUAGAGAAUAUAUAGAUGGGAUUAAUGAAGCAAGCAUGUGGGGUUCUGGUGACUUCCUUCGAAAACUGUUCUGCGUUAUGCUAUUGACUGAUAGCCUAAUUAAUCCAUUUGGAGUUUGGGAAGAAACUUGGAAUUUGCUAUCUGAUGAUAUUCUUUACAGAAGAAGAUUAUUUGAAAACAAUCCAGAACUGGACCUCUCUGAUGAACAGCUAAAAAAUUACACAUUGGAUGCAAUUGAAACUAUACUGCAAAGCAAUGGUGGUUCUCUUUCAAAUUAUGAUGGAAUGCCUUUGCCAGAGGGUGAUUACAACACAGCUGGUAUCAAUAGGUUAAUAUACGAUGAAAGAAACUAUGAUAGAGAGGAAAUGAAGGCUAUCGUAGAACGAAUGGUUCCUGGUUUAACUGACGAGCAGAUGAAUGUCUACAAAGAGAUCAUGGAAGCUGUCACAGAAGAUAAAGGGAAAAUAUUUUUCUUAUAUGGGUUCGGUGGUACUGGUUACUGUCUGCUGCUUGGAAUAGCAUCUCUGUUAUUGCCUGGUGGUAGAACCGCACAUUCCCGUUUCAGUAUACCAAUAAAUCCAGAUGAUGAUACUACUUGCAAUAUUCAACCAGGAACAGACUUAGGGAAUUUGGUUGCUGAGUCAUCUCUUAUUAUAUGGGACGAAGCACCUAUGAUGAGUAGAUAUUGUUUUGAAAGUUUGGAUCGUACUAUGCGCGAUAUUAUUAAGCGUCAUAAGGAAAAACCAUUUGGAGGAAAAGUUGUUGUGUUUGGUGGUGAUUUUAGACAAAUUUUGCCCGUUAUCAGUGGUGAAGGAAUGGAAGACAUUGUUAUGGCUUCUAUUAAUUCGUCAUAUUUAUGGGAUGAUUGUAAGGUGCUCAUGCUUACAAAAAACAUGAGGCUUUUGGCUAAUCUUGAUGAAACCGUAGCAGAGUAA